UCCACUAUCCUUGUCCACGAAUCCCGCAGAACUCCCGCUGAUAACUUCUGCCUGCAAAAAAAUAACACCUUUAUAAUAAAAGUGCUACCUCCAUCUACCCUACGUGGAUACCGAAUUUCGUUUGGCACUCAUGAACUCCCAGCCGAGAUCCCGGAUGUUUCACACUCAUCUAGGGAGGUUCAUUUGAAACUUGCUAGGGGAGACACUUAUGAAUCCAUAGAUCGGUACAGUUCAAGGACUCCUGCUGGCUUGCAUGUGAUUUUGUCACGUGAAUAAGGAGCUUCUCCGUAUGCCAAUCUACCCUCCUCAAUUACGUGCAUGCACUGACAGGCAAAUGGGCAGGGACUCGAUUUGCCCGCUCCUUGAGAAGGUCUUCGGCACAAAUAAUUGUCGCGAUUCCAGGCCCUCCUUUAUCGCGAUACCCCGAAGCUACCAGUUCUACUCCCCAUUAUGCUCGGCUUCCGCAUUCGUCCAGUACCUCCAAAACCAUCUCUCCAAGAGAGAUACUGUACGACGAUCUGGAGUUUAAUUAAAAAAAAAGUGCUCAAUAUAUCGAUGUGACCUAGGACGCUAUUGUCCAAAUGUUUGUGUUGUCAAGCGUGAAUGCUCCAAACUAUCAUAAAUAGGACGGGGUUGCCAAAAACCAAUGCAAAAACCUCCGGUGUCGAGCUUGGGCUCUUUGGGAGUAUAACUCCAAUAUAAUGGGAAAAUCUUUCAUUAGCAGGCUUCAUAACUGAGCUUGGUGAGAGCAGUGACCCUGGUAAUAUAUCCUACCGGUAUUCGGAUAAUAUUUUAUGUAUUUCCCUAACUUACCUAGAACCAACAACGUUUUUAUUUGCCUCCCGCCACCAUGGGUCAGAAUCGACAUUUAGUCUCCCUACAGUACGUCUAACAGCCUUACACCCUAAGCUCAGGCUCUCUAUUCAUCUCCCAGUGAAACCGCCGCCUAAUGAUGGCGGUGAGUGCACACUCAAUGCGUGCUUCACCUUCCCAGCAGCUCUCUCCAUCGACAAAUAUCAACUCUCAUCGGAGAACCAACAACUGCUCGACUCAUUAAACAUAGAGCGAAUAAAAGCAAUUUCUGGGAGACAGAUCUUGAGGCGCCAGUUUGCACACGGGAGAAAUUAGGGGGCUAGGUCUUGAUUGAAGUGGAUACUAAAACGGGAGAAAACGGGAUAGAGCUAGAGUUAUCAUUACACUUAUGAUACUUGGAGCCCCGCCACAACAGCGCAACCAGGAAGCUCAAUUUCGCUUGGCUGAGUGUAUUCUGGGUUUGUAGAAGUGAGCAAUGGAAAAAGAUGGUGGUUAACCUGUUUGACAGAUUGCACCUAGAGUGUGAGGACUUGUUACCAGAGCAAGUCAGGUAUUAUUAUCUCUCCCCGGCACCGCAUGGUGAUGAUGGUGCCUGGACUAGCAUUGACGCGCCUGUAUUGGGAUUGGAAAAUGCUAAGGUGAUAGAGAUUGGUGCUGUCACUGUUGGGUUAGAAUUUUUAUGGGUAUUAUUCGAGAUAUUUGUGGUGAAAUCCAGUAUUGUUCGGGAAAAGCAAAAGUACAAGAAGGAG